ACUCCCACCACCACAACCACCACCACAAUCACGAGAGGAUCGCUCACCUCUCAGUCCAAAGUCUCCCCUCAACGAUGCAUGGUCGACAUAUGCAUCCAGAUUUCCAGUCGUCCACCCAUUCUUGAGUCCUCUCAACCUUUCUACAGCCAUUCCCAAGUUCGCAUGUUUACCCGACUUCGCACCCGCCCACUCCCCUCCAACCCAAGAAAUUUGCCCACUUUUCUCUGUCCUGUACUAGACUCUUUGCUCACACCAUCAAACCUCUUCCCAAACGGUCCCGCGAGCAUACAUAAGAACCGAUCGAUCAAAAUCUUUUACUAGAUCCUUGUCGCCUAGUCCUUGAACCCCGGGGCAGUCAGCGACAACCUGCACUCCGACAGUCCUCCCCCGCCAACACAUCCUCUUCGUUGAGCCUUGAGGGCGACGGUGCCCAUCAUGGAGUGGCGCCCGGAGGAGGAGGGGUUGAAACAAUUGUCCCAGUUCUUGAGGAACUCUCUCAGUGGCCAUGAUAGAAAUAAACAAAAGGAAGCAGAGCUGAUGCUCAUGAACGCUCGCAACAAUUCCGACUAUGUCAAUUAUCUCACCUACAUUCUCAAUGCCCCGCAGAUCGGCCAACUCGCUGGUCUUACUGCGCCCAGCACAUUUCUCGUUCGCUAUGCUGCCGCGAUCAACCUCAAGAAUCACAUCAAGCUCUUCUACAAGCAAAUUCCCAAAGACCAACUCGCCUACAUCAAGAGCGCUACCUUACAGGUGCUCCAGGACCCUAAUCCUCAACUCCGCAGCUUUGCCGGAACAAUCAUCACCGAAACCGUCCAACAGGGAGGCUUGCUGCAAUGGCCUGAAAUAUUGCAAGACCUUCUAUCACUUGUCUCGAAUGCCUCAGGGACCGCCACUCCCGAAACUCAGGAAGGCGCCAUGUCUGCCCUGGCUAAAGUCUGUGAGGACAACAAAAAGCUACUCGACAAGGACUUUCAAGGCCAACGACCAAUGACCGUCAUCAUCCCUAAGCUCCUGGAGUUUGCCGGUCAUCAGGAUCCCAAGAUCAAAGUCCAUGCUCUGACCACGUUGAAGCAUUUCAUUCCCCUCAAGUCCCAGGUCCUCUUCUCCGCCCUCGAUCUUUACCUUCAAACUAUCUUCCAGUCCGCCACAGAUGAAGACAUCCAUGUCCGGAGGAUCGUAUGCCAAUCACUGGUCACUCUCGUCGACACAAGACCUGACAUGUUGGCACCUCAUCUGCCUGGCUUGGUCAAUUAUAUUCUCAUUCAGCAACAGACUGUCGGCUGUCCCGAGUUGGCUCUCGAUGCGGCCGAGUUCUGGCUGAGCGUCGGCGAUCAAGAUCAGCUGAAGGACUUGAUGGGUCCUCAUCUGCAACAGAUUGUCCCUGUCUUACUUGCGAGCAUGGUCUAUGGCGAAGAUGAAAUCUUCAGGCUGGGCGGCGACGAGAAUGAUGCCGAUCUCGAAGACCGUGCCGAAGACAUUAAACCCCAGUUUGCCCAGUCGAAAGCUGUCAAGGGCCUGACUUCCAACAAAGAUGAUGAAGACGGGUCUCAACCAAAUGGGACCGAAUCAAAGAAAGCCGAUCUGAGUGACGGCGAGAUUGAGGAGUCAGAAGGCGACGACGAUGAAGAUGAAUGGGACGAUGACGACCCAGAGAAUGCUUGGAGUCUCCGAAAGUGCUCCGCCGCCGCUCUCGAUGUGUUCGCAGUCACAUAUCAUGGUGCGGUCUUCGAAAUCAUCCUUCCAUAUCUCAUGGAAAACCUCAAUCACUCGCUUUGGCCUAAGAGGGAAGCUGCAGUGCUUGCUCUGGGUGCGAUUGCCGAAGGCUGUAUGGAAGCCGUCUCUCCCCACCUCCCUGAACUUGUUCCCUUCCUCAUCUCCCGUCUUUCGGAUGAAGAGCCCGUCGUACGGCAGAUUACUUGUUGGUGCCUCGCUCGAUACUCAGAAUGGGCUGCAUCACUUGAGGCUCCUGCCGACCGACAACGAUUUUUCGAGCCUAUGAUGGAAGGCCUUCUUCAGCGAAUGCUCGACCAAAACAAAAAGGUCCAAGAAGCCGGUGCUUCGUCAUUUGCUUCCCUCGAGGAAAAGUCCGGUGAUAAACUCAAGCCGUACGUCGAGCCAAUCCUCCGCCAGUUUAUGGAAUGUUUCAAACGAUACAAAGACAAGAACAUGUAUGUCUUAUAUGAUUGCCUACAAACCCUGGCCGAUAGUGUCGGUUCGGACCUGGCUCAACCACAGUUUAUUGACCUUCUUAUGCCUACCUUGAUUCAGCGGUGGAAUAAGAUUCAGGACGACUCUCGAGAGAUGUUCCCUCUCCUCGGCUGUCUAGGCUAUAUCGCAAUGGCCUACGGAGACGCCUUUGCGCAAUUUGCCCCACCGAUUUUCGAUCGUUGCAUCAAGGUCAUUUACUCAAACCUUCAACAACAAAUGGCCUUUGUCACUCGAGAAAGCGUCGAUGCUCCAGACAAGGACUUUAUCGUCACGGCUCUGGAUCUUCUCAGUGCGAUUAUCCAAGCCAUCCCACCCGAAAAAUCAGGAGAAUUGGUUCAAAACACUCAACCACAGUUUUUCGACCUCUUGUCGUUCUGUAUGGAGGACACAACCACCGAUGUCCGACAGUCUGCAUAUGCUGUGCUCGGCGAUUGUGCUAUUGCAAUUUAUCCAAGUCUCGAUCCAUAUUUGCCCAAACUUCUCCCCGUCUUGAUUCGCCAACUGGAUCUGGACGCUAUGCCUGACGAUGACUCGGAGAACCACUUCAACGUGCUCGCAAAUGUUUGCUGGUCCAUUGGCGAGAUAUCCGGCAAGGCUCCCACAUCACGCCUAGCUCCAUUUGCCGAAACCCUCGUCAAGGCGCUCCUCACAAUCUUGAACAACGAAGAAGUUCCGGAGCCAACCUCGGAAAAUGCAGCCACUGCACUCGGUCGUCUAGGCUUGAGUAUUCCUACCAAUAUUGCGCCUUUCCUUCCCGAGAUUGCCGAGCCCUUCUUAUCAGCCAUGUCCAAAAUCAGCAGUUCUUCCGAGAAGGCAUCUGCAUUUGUUGGCCUCAACGCUGUGAUUGAGCGCAAUCCUCAGGCCAUGGAGCGAAGUCUUCCCGCGUACUUCGCCGCGAUUGCGCAGUUCCCCAUCAAGCCCAAGGCUGCCACCGACUACACCGAAGUCCGGAACAGCUUUGCAAAGAUCAUUGGCGGAUAUCGCGAGUUGAUCGGAACCGACGGAUUCAACGCUUUUGUGAAUGGAUUGACGGGGCCAGUCAAGAUGAAGCUGAGAGAUGGAUUCGGCGUGGAUAUUGGUUCCUGAGCAUGAGCACGAACUACUGAUUCUCUUUUCUACGUCACAAAAUGAGCAUCAUCCAUCUUCACCUUUGAUCAAUCAUCUUUGGUCAUCGAAGUAACGGAGCGAAGUGGAGGAUAUGAUGUCAUCUUCUGAGAAAUGAUACCGAAAUGAUACGGGGGCUGGUUGGGUGGUGGCCAGUGCUUGAUUCUGAUGAAUGAGAACAAACAAGGACGAGGACGAUGCAUGAGAACGGACACGGCACGAGAAUAGGUGCAAGAAUAGCUGAGCGGUCGGUCAAGACAGCGAGCGGAUUUGGUGGACCACGCAUUAGUCACUACCCUCAUGGACAGACAUCUCAGAUAGUUAGGAAGGAACGAGGCAAGACAGAUGCGAAUACGCGUUAGAGACCCCGUCUCUCGCCUCUUGGGGACAAGGAUACUACUUACAGAAUACAUAGCAGGCGGGCUAGGGAGACGCCAGCCCUAACCAAGUAACAGGAGACCGAAACCG